AUAAUUCCGCGGUCACACUGCCUUUGCGGCAAAUUUCUGCGAAAAUUUGUAAAGUUAGCGAAAUUUGUUUUGUUGUCUAAAUGGUUUAGUUAAACGAGGCUGCAAGCAAAACGAAUUAACUCCCACACAAGGUUUCCGCACAACUCACAGGCUGGGGAGGCUUUGCAUGCCCAGUGGCUCAAGAGUGCAUUUGGAUAUAGAGCAGUAAGUUAAUGUGUCAAUGUUAGUCGCGCUUUUUGCGCUCGCACAGUUGCCAAUAUUUCGUAAGCCGCCGCCACCACCGCCGCCACCUCCAUCUUCAUCGUCGUCGCGUCCCCAAUUGUCAAGGUGUGGCAAAGCAACAAAAGCAAACUCAACCGCAUCCGCCCAUUUAGUAUCAUCCCCAACGAUCUACCUAAAAUCCAGGAUGAGCAUCAACGCUGACCAGGAGCAGGGCCAUGCCAUAGCCGCCAAUGGAAAUGCAGUAGACCCCUUUGCAUCGGAAAUUAUUCACUUCACCGAGGAGUAUAUCUGUCGCAGCAUCAAAACGAAUAAUGCGCAAAUAUUGGCAUCCCCCUCUGUGCCUACCCGUGGCUCUUCCAAGGUCAAGCUAAAGAACAUUGUCGACUACAAGUGGGAGCGAAAAUACUAUUAUCCAGGCCAUUUGGUGGCCGUGCAUCGCGAUGGCAAGCAUCUGGCCUAUGCCAUCAAUGUCAACAACAAAGCCACUGGAAUGGAGGGCAUGGUGCGUGUCUGCAAUAUCAGCACCAGCACGCGUGCCCUUAUCAAGGGCAUGAGCGGCGAGGUCUUGGAUCUGCAGUUCGCCCACACAGAUCGGGAACGCAUACUGGCUGUGAUCGACGUGAGCUCCCUUUUCGUCUACAAAAUCGAUCUAAUCGAAGGCAAUUUGUUGUGCAAUCUGGUGCUGAAAGUCGAGGAUCCCAUUGCCAACUAUCAGCCCGAGUACGAUAUGGUCUCCUGGUGUCCAUAUGUGUGCAACAGCACGACUGCCGGUGUACCCAGCGAGGAUGAUGAUGAGAAUCAGCUAUUGAUUUGGUCGCGCAGUCGACAAUUUCAAGUUUUUCAUGUGAAAAUGAUCAUCAAUGAGCAUGGGCGUGGCAAGAUCAAUCCGGAUGUUCUGGAUGCUGGUUAUCUGAAGAUUGAGGAAGAUUCGUUGAUCACCUGCGCUGCUCUGUCGCCCGAUGGCACCACAGUGGCCGCUGCCUGUGCCGAUGGUCUCGUGCGUUUCUAUCAAAUUUACUUCUUUGAUGUACGCAAUCCACGCUGCCUGCACGAAUGGAAACCGCACGAUGGCAAGAAGGUUAAUUCGUUGUUUUUCCUGGACAACAUUAACAAGCCAGUGGAGGAAUCCUACUGGCAGCAUGUGAUCACCACCAGCGACAGCAACACGGAAAUCAAAUUGUGGAACUGCUCGCUGUGGGAGUGCCUGCAGACGAUUAAUAUAGCGACAGCAGCGACCAUGCAGGGGGCACAAUUCAUUGCGGGCAUCGAUCGCAGUGCCAACUACUUGGUGGUGUCUUGCCUGGAUAACCUGGCGGUGUAUGUCAUGCAGAUUGGCAGCGUCACUGGCAGUGAGGCAGGCGAUGCUGGCUCAGAUCUCAGUGAUGGCGAGGGCACUGAUCAGCGUAUCCAAAACGUGGCCGAGUUCAAGCUGAGCUCGGGCAUACUCUCCUUUUCGAUUGUGAACGCGGCCAUGCGGCGCCUGAAGAGCUCUGUGGAGAGCUACUAUCCCGUGGAGGAGCCGGAUGACUUUGAUGAUGAAAACAAUUCCACAUACGCGCUGGUGGUGCAUAUGUUUGUGGUGCAGGCCAAGAGCCUGCAGGAGUGCCACAUCAUCUACCAGCCGUGCGUGCCCGAGAAGACUGAACGCAAGAGUCUGAUCAGCAGCAGCAGCAUUCCGAGCAAGCGGCGUUCCGCGACCCCAGAAGAUAAUCUGUUGAUCCUCAAAAAGGAUACGACUGUCGUCUCGCCCAACAGUGUUGCUGGAGUUGCAGCAGCCGCUGGCAGUGUUCCCCUCGAUGCGCUCUUUGCCAAGUCCGCCAAGAGAGCAGCUCCCACGGUCGGCAGCAGUUCUUCCGCUGUGGUGGCGAUGGCUGUGGCCGCUGCCGCAGCACCUUCGGCCAUCCUACAGCAGGCCAUUGAGGCAGCAACGACCAUCAAGUCGAGGUCCGCUUCGCCACAGUUUGGCAGCGCCUUUCCGCAGGUGAAUCUCAUGACACCAGAUGCUUUUAGUGCCAGUGGAACGCAGUCGAGCAGCACAGCAACUACCGCUGUGGUGGUGGCCACCAGCACCACAACCAGCACAGGAACUGAUGUUGCUGCCUGCGCCAGCACUGCUGCGACUGCGGCCACCGAUGCCAUCGAUUCUCAGGUCUUGAAUACUCUCCGCAUGCUGGCCACCGUGACGGCGGGCAAGGCAAGCGAAAAUUCCAAUGCGAAUAUCCUGAAUUUGAUGAACAAUACUUUGAUCGAAGACCGGGAACAGCAGAAGAUCAAGGAUAAGUUUGAGGCACGCAAAAAGUUUAUUGCCAUCGAUCGGAAUCCCGAGCGAAAUCUAGCCGAGAAUUUGGCCAGCGGCGGCUCGAGCCCGAGUCGUGAGGUGCAGGAGAUAAUGGCCACACGGGAUGAUGGCGAUGAUGCCUACGAGCCGGAGCUGGAGAACCUAGACGACGACGAUGAUGACGACGACGACGAGGAGGAGGAGCUGGCCAAUUCAUCGCCCCUGCUGGACACCGUCGAUGCCAAAUGGCUGGCCGAGGCGGCCAAAGUGAAGCCCAUCAAGAAAUCGGCAGAGCUGCAGAAUGCAGCCCAGAUCAUGUCACAGGCGGUGCAGCACAAGAACAAUGGCAAUGUGCCGCCCACACUCGGCGGCGGUGGCAACAUCAAUAGCACCAGCGUCGCCAGCAACAGCAACAACAACACUGGCACCACCUUGAAUACGAGCAACAGCAGCAGCCACAAUGCCGGCGAGGGAGAGAGCACGGCCGGAGGAAAUGCUGAGCUAAAUAAUAAAAUUGAUCUGCUAUUGGAUUUGGUUAAGGCCCAAUCCAAGCAGCUGAACAAACUGGAGAACGAAGUGUCCAAGCUGCAGCAGCAGCAGCAACAGACAGCAACGGCGGUGCAGCCAGCCAAAAGCGAUACCUCCCUGGAGCCCAAGAAUGUCAAUCAAUUGGCCUACAAAAUCGAAAUGCAGCUGUCCAAAUUGAUGGAACAAUAUCUGAAGCGAUACGAGAACGAGCACUCAAAGAAGUUGUCCGAGUUUCUGCUGGCAAGGGAGAACCAGAAUCGUGAACUACGUGAAUCUGUGGUGGCCGUACUCAAUCAGUAUGUGCUCACACACUUUACGGACAUUAUUGGCAACGUGCUGAACAUGGAACUGCAGCGUCAAUUGGUGCCCAGGGUGAAUGCCAAAAUGGAUCAGCUGCAGGCACAGAUACAAGUGGAAUUUGUCCAAAAGUUGGGCGUCUUCGAGAAGGCUGUCAAGGAAAAUAUUGCACAAGUAUGCAAGAGCAAGCAAUUUAUGGAUUCCUUUGGCAAGUCCGUGCUGAUAGGUGUGCAGACCAGCCUGCAGACGGCGUUCAUAGAGUCCAUGGGCAGCACUUUGAUACCAGCUUAUGAGAAGUCCUCGCAGAAUAUGUUCCAGCAGCUGCACGAUGCCUUCACUGUGGGCAUUAAGGAUUUCAUGGUUCAAUUCAAUGCCUACCUGCAGCAGAUGCCGCAGCAGCAAGGAGCUGGCGCUGCCAAUUGGGAUGAGCUCAACAAUAAGCUCGGCCUCUUAAAGCAAUUGGUCGAAAGUAAUUUGCUCAAGCAUCGCACGGAGCUCACGGACGCCAUGCUGGAGACACAGCGUGAGGUCAAGAGCCUGGAGAUUCUACUGGCCCGCCAGGUGCAGGAGACCAUACGGGCGGAGCUGCGCAAAUUUUUGGAGAAUCAGAACCUGGCUCUGCGCUCGCAGGCGGCCACACCGGCGCAACCCUACGAUUUGAGGGACAACAUUAAGCAGCUGCUGCAUGCGGGACAGAUAAAUAAGGCCUUCCACCAGGCGCUGCUGGCCAACGAUUUGAAUCUGGUGGAGUACACACUGAGGCACACGGACAGCAACCAGGCCUUUGCCCCAGACGCAUGCAGGCUGGAGCAGAAGGUUCUGCUAUCGCUCAUCCAGCAAAUCUCCGCUGAUAUGACCAAUCACAAUGAGCUUAAACAGAGAUACCUCAAUGAGGCGCUGCUGGCUAUCAAUAUGGCGGAUCCCAUUACCCGCGAGCAUGCUCCCAAGGUGCUCGCCGAGCUGUUUCGCAAUUGCCAGCUGUUCAUCAAGAAUUGUCCCAAGAGCACGCAGUGCAGCAAUGUGCGACUGCUCAUGAAGGCCAUCAUGACGUAUCGGGAUCAGCUGAAAUGAUAUCACGAGAAUUACAACAUGGCCAGUGGCUGGUAUUGAUAGUGUGUCCCCCUCCCCAUCCAUCCCCCGAUUCCCCUUUUACCACCCAACAACUGCAGCU